UGUUUCUUGCUGCAGCAUUCGCUUUACUUUUCUUUCCACUUCGUCUAAAGAAUAGAGUGGGAGGAAGUUUGACCAAAAUAUUACUGAAGCGUUGCAAAAUAUUGGCUGAAUUGUAUAUUCAUAAUCGGUUUUAUUUAAGAAAAGCGAUGUGGUUUAUUUAUCUACUCAGCUGGCUGUCUCUGGUGAUUCAGAUCUCCUUUGUGACUCUCGCAAUCGCUGCAGGUCUUUAUUAUCUGGCUGAAUUAAUAGAGGAAUACACAGUUGCGACUAGUCGAAUUAUAAAGUAUAUGAUAUUGUUUUCCACAGUGGUGCUGGUGUGUCUGUAUGUGUUUGAGGGUUUCCCAGUUCUGAUGGUGGCCGUUGGCCUCUUCACAAACCUGGUUUACUUCGGACUGCUGCAGAGCUUCCCCUACAUCCUGCUGACCUCACCCAACUUCAUCUUGUCCUGCGCGCUUGUGGUGGUAAACCACUACAUGGCAUUCCAGUACUUUGCAGAAGAGUAUUAUCCCUUCUCUGAGGUUCUGGCAUAUUUCACCAUCUGCCUGUGGAUCAUCCCCUUUUCAUUUUUUGUGUCCCUCUCUGCUGGCGAGAAUGUUCUCCCAUCCACCAUGCAGCAAGGAGAUGAUGUGGUAUCAAACUACUUCACCAAAGGGAAAAGGGGCAAGCGCUCUGGGAUUCUGAAUGUGUUCUCCUUCCUGAAAGAGGCGGUGCUUCCAAGCCGACAGAAGAUGUACUGAGGGGUUGGGCCAGUGGAAAGGGGGCGGGGCAAGGGAAGGGGACUGAAAACAAGCAUCGCCUGAAAAUAUGGGGCUGUGCAUGGGGUUGGGGCAGGCCAAAUAGCAGCCAGAUGUGUGGUACAUUGCUCAACAGUGUGUCCUGAGGGGCAGAAACCCCAGAUCAAAGCCCCGCCCAUAAGCCCCGCCUUCACCCAUGUAAGAUCUUUGUCUUUAUUGUGUUUGAUUUUGUAGUAAAUCUGAGUGAACCAUGUCCGAGUGACAUGACAAAAUGUACAGACCAGGGACCUGUGUUUACAGCUGCCGCUCACACCUGGGACUCUGCGUGUGUGUGUGUGCGCGCGCCCAUGUGCAUGUGUGCACAAUGUGUGUGUGUAUGUGUGUGCGCGUGCAUGCAAUGAGUGUGUGUGUGUGUGUGACUGUGUGCACGUAUGUGCAAUGAGUGUCUCUCUAUCUUUGUACUGCGACUGUGUGUUUCUGUGCGCAAAGUGUAUGUGUGUGUCUGUGUGUGUGAGUGUGUAUGUGUCUGCAAUGAGUGAGUGUGUGUGGCUGUGUAACGACUGUGUGUUGGAGUGUGUCAGUGUGUGUUGUCUGAGUGCAUUCGGUCAUGCCUGCAUCUCUGUGUAUGCAGACGUGUGUGCCUGUGCAUUUGUCUCUUAAGUUUGCGUUUGUGUUUGUCUUAAGUAUGUGUGUAUGUGUACAUCUGUGGCUGUGUGCCUUGUGUGUGCACACGUAUGUGUGUAUAUUUGUGUGUGCACAUAUAUGUGUGUAUAUAUGUGUGUGCACAAGUCCAUGUGUCUGCGUGUAUAAGAUGUUUAUGCGCUAAUUGACAUACAUGAUUAUGCUUUGAUCAUGAAAUGUGUGAAUCUGCCUGCCACUAUGUGAUUUGGAGGGGACGUGGAAUCACAGACAGUAACACUUUUUAUAUCAUGUUUUGGAUGUCUGAUUGAAUUUGAAUAAAUACCGUAAUGUCUAAUGUACAA